AGAAGUCUACAAUCAGAGUUCCAUAAGAAGUGUCACAAAAUAAUGUAUAUGUUUCAGCUCGGUAAAAUUUACACGCUGCAAAUUUUCAUAGUAUAUAUGGAUAAAUACGUAUUUGAAUUCAGUCAAGAUAAUGUUGGAAGCCUCAAGAAUGCAAAUGUAAAACCAAUUUCAAAAACGGAGAAAUCGACCUUUUUCAUGCAAAAUCGACACGGAUACAAUAUUCAAUUUUCACCAUCAAAUGCGGAUAUUUUUGCUGUUGCUACAUGCCAAUUUUUUGGACGUGAAGGCGGGGGCACGUUGUUCCUAUUACAAUUGAACCAAAAAGGGACUAUAGAUGAAAUAGAAAAAAUAGAUUGGACGGAUGGAUUAUUUGAUAUCGCUUGGGCAAAACAUAACCCGAACAUAUUAAUUUCCGCAUGUGGGGAUGGUACGGUUCAACUUUGGGACGUUGAUUCAAAGUCGAUGUCGUUAGUAUCUGGCUACAGUAAGCCGAAAUCUUGCUAUAGUGAACAUGGCAGCGAAGUUUGCUGUGUUGAUUGGAGCUCCCAAGAUUCACUGUUUCUAAGUGGUAGUUGGGAUUGUUCGAUUAAGCUUUGGAAUCCAAAUUAUAAAAUGUCCCUCAAGACGUACAAUGGUCAUAGAAAAUUAGUAUAUGAAAGCAAAUUCGGAAAGAAAAAUUCAAAUAUUUUUAUGAGCGCAAGUGCUGAUGGUUAUCUCAAAAUAUGGGAUAUUCUACAACCCUAUCCAAUUUCAACAAUUUUGGCGCACAAUAAUUCUGAGGUUUUGUGCUGUGAUUGGAAUGAAUUUGAUCAAAAUAUCGUUGCCACAGGGGGCUCAGAUAAUAAUAUAAGGUUGUGGGACUUGCGUUUCGUUGCCAGUCCAGUUAUUGAGUUGCAUGGUUGUGAAUAUGCUAUACGAAGAGUCCGAUUUUCACCAUUUAAUUCAAGUGUGUUAGCUUCAGUUUCUUAUGAUCACACCUCUAGAAUUUGGAAUUGGCAGUAUGAUGAUGAAGCAAUGGAAAUAAUAACACACCACAAGGAAUCAAAUUAUGGUUUGGACUGGAAUCGAUUGGUUCCAAAUCAGUUGGGCGACUGCGGUUGGGAUUCCGUAGUUAAUGUUUAUACGCCAGCAUCUUUGACUUAGCUCAAUUUUUUUAUUAUUAUUUACACAUUUUAAUUUUUUAUUUUUUUUAUUGCAUGUUGUAGAGAUUUAUACAAUAUUCCAUAUAUAUUUUUUUUGUUUCUAAAAAAUUAUAUUAUUUCUUUUAGGUGGCAAGUCUUCUAUAGAAACUGUGUUGCUGGUUUACUACAGGCUGCUGUGGAAGUGAUAUUAAGGAAUAAUAAUAAAUCUGAAGACUUAUACAUUAUAAUAAGUGAAUAAAGUAAGUCAAAUAAUUAACAUUACAACAUUUAAUGAAUUGGAAAGCGUUAUAAAAUUUAUGAAUAAUGUAAACAUUUCAAUUUUAUGUGGAUCAAAUUUGAAUGGAAUCAUAAUAAAUGGAAGGACGGGAAACAUAAAAAUGCUUCAGUUCUAAACAACCUACAAAAUUGUACAAACUUUGGAUGUUUUAUUGUUUUCCAUGAUGUCAUUGAUGGAUUGGGUUUUUAUUUGAUUUAUUUGUUGCAUGGCACUUUCUUCCACUGGAAUAAAAAUAAUACAUAAAAUAGAAGAAAUCGGGAAUAUCAUUCACAUCAUAAAUAACUCACUCUCAAUAACGGUAUCAGAUGAUUUACAAUUAUUUUUGAUUUCGCUGAAAAAUCGUUUGACUCGCCCUUCGUUUUCUUUUUGAGUAUUUGCCUGUGUUUCAUUAAUUGUUUCCAAUUGAUCGACACUAUCCUCUAUUUCAAGUUGAUUCUUGGCUGGUGUAUUGACCGAUUUGAUUGAAGCAGUUGUUUGCUCAGUAUCGCCAUCCGCUUCAAGAUCCAAUUCUUCCAAAUCAUGUUUCAAUGGAACGAUUUUGGUAAUUAAGUCAGCGGCUGAAACCGUUGCAUCUUUCAUUAUAUCUUUUCCAACUAUUGAUACAAAACUAAUUAUUUCUGAAAUAAUCUAUAGAAUACUAUUACUUAAAAAAAGUAUACAAACUUACCAUCUUUUAUGUGAAACAUUUUACUUGAAAUUGUUUCCUUUGCUUCCGAUAGCUCAUCGUCGAUAACACCUUCAUAUUUCACGGUCAAUUCAUCAGAUUUGUUUUUAACAUCAUUGCUCAUUUCAUCGAUUUCAUCCUUCAUCGCUUGUAUAAUAUUUGAUGUAUUAUUUAUUUCCAUUCCAUUGUCUAUGAACUUAACAUCAUUAUCCACAGAAUUUAAAUUAAAGUCCUCAUUUCUGGGUACAUACAAGUCAUUCUCAUUCAUUGCAUUAUUUUUCUGUUCUGAUAUCUUUAAAUCUGAUGUAUUUGUUUCAUUUAUAUUUGCAUGGAGAAAAUCUUCUUCAUGGCCUACGGAAGUUUUGACAUAGUCAAUAACGUUUUUUGGAACAUCUUUUAAUUUUUUUUCUGUUUCUUUUGUUAAAUCAUUUAGUU